GAAAGUAUGCAUGCUUAUGCAGCAAAUGUCUACACAUCUGUUGUAGAAGAGCUAAUGAAAGGAAAGCAGCGCAAAUUUAUUGCUGUGGAGCAGGAAUUCUUUCGACUUUGGUGGGAUGCAGUAGCCACAGAUACGCACAAGCAGCAGGUCCAUCAGUUGCUUCAGGAGGGACGACUGGAAUUUGUCAUUGGAGGGCAAGUGAUGCAUGAUGAAGCUGUGACACUAAUUGAUGAUCAAAUUUUACAGUUGACGGAAGGCCAUGGAUUUUUGUAUGAAACUUUUGGGAUCAGGCCUCAGUUUUCUUGGCAUGUUGAUCCUUUUGGAGCUUCAGCUACAACACCGACUCUUUUUGCUCUGGCUGGUUUUAAUGCUCAUCUUAUUUCUCGGAUUGACUAUGAUCUGAAGGCUGACAUGCAGAAAAACAAGAAGCUUCAGUUUGUGUGGCAGGGCUCUCCUUCCUUAUCUGAAAGACAGGAGAUCUUCACCCAUGUUAUGGAUCAGUACAGCUACUGUACCCCAUCGCAAUUACCUUUUUCAAACAGAUCAGGAUUUUAUUGGAACGGAUUUGCAACUUUCCCAGAUCCACCAAAAGAUGGUGUUUAUCCAAACAUGAGUCUCCCUGUUACAGAUACCAAUAUCCAUCUGUAUGCACAAACCAUGGUGAAAAACAUUAAGGAGAGAGCAGCCUGGUUCAGAACGGCUGAUGUUUUGUGGCCUUGGGGCUGUGACAAGCAGUUCUUCAAUGCAUCUGUUCAGUACUCCAACAUGGACCUGUUGUUGAAUUAUAUUAACAAGCAUUCUGAGGAGUUUGGAGUGACUGCCCAGUAUGCCACUGUUGGUGAUUACUUCCAAGCAGUUUAUAGCAGAAAUCUUACAUGGGAAAUUCGGGACUCUCGGGACUUUCUUCCAUAUUCAACAGAGCCAUUUCAAGCAUGGACUGGUUUUUAUACUUCUCGGAGCACAUUAAAAGGAGUUGCAAGGAGAGCAAGUUCACUGCUUUCUGCUGGAGAGUCCUUUUUCACACAGUAUGUCCGGAAACACCCAACAAGUUCUAUUUGCAAAUGUGAAGCCUUAAAGCAGCUUCAGAGUCUUAGAUGGGCAGUUUCAGAGGUCCAGCACCACGACGGUAUAACAGGCACAGAGUCUCCCAAGGUGAAGGACAUGUACAUGAAUAACUUGAUGUAUGGAAUGUUCAACGUAAAGAAGCUAAUGGCUUCCAUAAUCUUUGACAUGAACAAUGCGAAGAAAAGUGGAGAGGUCUAUUCUUCUGUAUACAAUAAAGACUCAGGAAUACCAGGUGCUACAGAUGUUGACCAAUAUGUUGUUGUCUAUAAUCCACUGGCAUGGAACAUCACUACCUUUGUCACGGUUUCUGUCAGCCAUUUGGAAAUAAGUGUGUAUGAUGAACUGGGACAUUCUGUACCAGCACAGGUUCAAAGCUCAGCGGAGUCCCAUUCUACCUAUGAUCUCUAUAUUCUAGUUGCAAUAAGUGGUCUGAGCUACAGAAAAUACAGUGUUAAACCCUUGAAUGGUCAGCAGUCUGCAUUUAUUGGAAGAUCAGUCAAGUACAAGCGAAAAGACAUAACUCGUGCAGAUCAACAAAGUCAACAGUUGCUUCCUGUGGUUAACAACUGCUACCAGAUCUUGUUUGACCAAAACACAAAUCUAAUGCACAGCAUUACAGAGAG